AGGGAUCAUGGCAACGGAUCUGGAGGAUAUCGUUGAGCACAUGAGGCGGUUCGCGUGGCCCGAUUACCUAGUGUUUGUGUCCAUGUUGCUGCUGUGCAUACUGAUUGGGGUUUACUUUGGCUUUGUGCAACGGAAACCGAACACCGAGUCUGAGUAUCUGAUGGGUGGUCGAACGAUGCUAGUGUUCCCGAUAGCCCUAUCACUUAUCGCUAGCUUCAUCUCGGGCAUUACCUUGCUGGGACUUCCGACUGAAGUGUACUCCUUCGGUAUCCAGUACGUGUAUGUGGCGCUGGGAGUUACCCUGAUGGGGUUUGUGAUGGGUUUUAUCUAUCUGCCCGUAUUUCACAAGCUAAACAUCACAUCAACGUACGAAUACCUAGAGACCCGCUUUGACCGUCGAUUACGGAUGUUUGGUUCGGUUAUGUUUACCAUUAUGAAUAUCGGCUAUCUUCCAAUCGUUAUUUACGUGCCGGCGUUAGCUUUCAAUCAAGUGACUGGUGUAAACAUUCACGUUAUAACGCCCAUCGUUUGUAUUGUCUGCGUGUUCUACACCUGUGUGGGCGGUUUAAAGGCAGUCGUGUGGACCGAUGUGGUACAAACAUUUUCCAUGUUCGGCGCGCUGGUGCUGGUCGCUAUCAAGGGUACGAUCGAUCUGGGAGGUUCGGAUGUUGUGUUUCGAAGCGCAUGGAACACAGGACGAUUGGAGCGACCCAACUUCGAUAUCAAUCCAACCACAAGGCACACAUUCUGGUCCCAACUGAUCGGAGGAUUCGUUUACUGGCUCCAGACAAAUGCCGUCAGUCAGAAUAUGAUACAGCGAUAUUUAUCCCUUCCGUCGGUAGCUGCCGGUAGACGGGCGCUAUGGAUCUUCGUAUUCGGCGUGUGUCUGCUGAUGUCGCUGUGUAGCUACUGUGGACUGUUAAUAUACGCCACGUAUCAAAACUGUGAUCCUCUUACGACUAAGCUCGCUCGUGCCAAGGAUCAACUGUUACCGCUGUUCGUAAUGGACAUCCUAAGAGAUCUUCCAGGACUGCCGGGUUUGUUCGUAGCCGGAGUGUUUAGCGCAGCACUUAGCUCACUGUCCACCUGUCUCAACUCCAUGUCGGCCGUCAUUUUAGAAGACUUUGUUAAACCGUUCGUACACAAACCUCUGUCCCAGCGGACAGUUAACUGGAUCAUGCGAUCGGUCGUGGUCGGUGUUGGUGCGCUCUGUGCCGCACUGGUGUUUGUCGUCGAGAAAAUGGGCACGGUACUACAGCUGACGAUGAGCCUGGAAGCGAUCACGAAUGGACCAUUGCUGGGAACGUUCACUAUUGGAAUUCUAAUCCCGUGGGUUGAAUCAAGGAGCGCUCUUACCGGUGGCAUUUUCGGCGUGAUAUUUAUGUCCUGGUUGAGCUUGAAGGCACAGUAUUGGGUAGCGACCGGUACGAUCGUGUUCCCGCACAAACCGAUGUCGGUCGAUGGAUGCACUUACGAGUUUGACCGCUCGCUUAUAAACGCCACCAGUACGAGCGUAUACACAACUGACGAUAUUUUCCCACUGUUUCGCGUGUCCUACAUGUGGUAUACAUUCCUCGGGGCGGCCGUUACCAUCCUGGUUUCGUUGCUGUGCUCAGUACUGCUCUUCGGACGUAACGAUCCGAAAACGGUUUCUCCCGACCUGAUGGCUGGCUUUGUGCGUCGCUACAUCCACGGACCAGACGACUCUACGCUAGGCGAUGGUAGAGCAGCAUCAAACACGUACGGCAAAAAUGGCAAAACGUUACACGAAUCAGCAUUGUAAAGCUAGCUG